GUUCACAGUCGUUCAUUUCUCUCUCCCUCAAAAUUUCGACAUUCAAACUCACUGGAAAAUAAAAAAGCGAAAUCCAAAACUCUUUUCUUUCUGAGUUGCUUAGGUUCCUUCGUAGCCCGUCUGAUUCAGGUCACUCAAUCUUUUAGCUCCGAAGAAUAACUUUUUUGAUCUCGGCGACUACCAAAGUUCAGAGGAUUAUGACUCAAUCUCCUAUUGUAAUCAAAGGAUUCGUCUUAGAAAGAGAGUUAAAAUGAUGAGUUUAGUCUCUCUCUGCGGUAUAACGUCUGGGUUUGUUCUCAGAAAGUCAACCAAUCUGUUUGUGAAACCGAGAUUCAGAAGAGGAGAUUUAAUCACAAGACUACCGGUGCUUGAGAAUCUGAAUGCUAAAAGAAAAAGAAACCUCAGAGUUGGUGGGCCAAUCGUUUGUAAGAGCUAUCAAGAAGAUACAGAAAAAUUGUACCAAGAAGAGGAAAUUCCCAAAGCAAAAUUGAUAUGGAGAGCAAUCAAACUACCCAUUUACUCUGUCGCUUUGGUUCCUCUCACCGUUGCUGCUUCAGCGGCCUAUUUGGAGACUGGUUUAGUCCUAGUUAGACGUUAUGCUACUCUAAUGCUCUCAUCAGUACUUAUCAUUACUUGGCUCAACUUAAGCAAUGAUGUUUAUGAUUUUGAUACCGGAGCUGAUAAGAACAAAAGAGAAUCCGUAGUGAAUAUGGUUGGAAGCCGGGCAGGAACCUUCGCAGCUGCAAUCACAACUCUUGUGCUCGGUGUUUCUGGUUUAAUUUGGAUAUCUUGGACAGCAAGUAAUAUCCGUGCAAUACUAUUGCUUGCCUCAGCAAUAUUAUGCGGCUAUGUAUACCAGUGUCCGCCAUUUCGGUUAAGUUACCAAGGAUUAGGAGAGCCUCUAUGCUUUGCAGCAUUUGGUCCAUUUGCAACUACUGCCUUUUAUCUACUUCUUGGUGGUGGCUCAAGCGAGAUGAGGCAUCUUCCAUUAAGUACUAGGGUUCUUUCAUCAUCUCUCCUUGUUGGUUUUACCACAUCUCUCAUCCUUUUCUGCAGCCACUUUCAUCAGGUUGAAGGAGAUUUAGCUGUGGGGAAAUUUUCACCUCUGGUUCGGUUAGGGACUGAAAAGGGAGCUUUUGUGGUGAGAUGGGCUAUUCGUUUGCUCUAUUUGAUGCUUCUUGUUCUUGGUUUAACCAAGAUUUUGCCAGUAACUUGCACAUUGUUGUGUUUUCUGACACUACCAGUAGGGAAUUUAGUGUCAAGCUAUGUCGAAAAGCACCACAAGGAGAAUGAGAAGAUAUUCAUGGCCAAGUAUUAUUGUGUGAGACUCCACGCUUUGUUUGGAGCCGCGUUGUCGUUGGGACUCGUUAUCGCUCGCUAAGAUUUCACUUCUUUCGUUUGUCUUUUGGCCUUGUUGCAUCUCAAAUUGUUUACUUCAUUUUUAUGCUAAAAUCAAACUGUUAGAAAGAUAUUCGUUAAUUAACACAUUAACACACCUGGUAUGUUUAUUUU